AUGGGAAUUUGUUCUUCGAGAGAUAAGAAAAGAAAAUCCUAUUAUUAAAUGUCUGAUGCAGAUAAUCCAAUAGUAUAGCCAAUUAUUUCUGAGUAGGAGUUAUGUGUUAAGGAUUUUAUAAAAUCUUUUGAUGAAUUAAACAAUCUAUUUUAAAAAGUAAAUAUUAAUUGAAUGUCUUUAGUUAGCAUAGGAUUUUAAUCCAAAAAUAUAAAGUUAUGAAAAUUGA